GCCUAGUUCUGGUGGUGGCUGUGGGGAGGGUUCGUUCGCUACGCUCUUAUUGCCGCAGGUCACUAUGGACUCCAAUCAAAUCUACUAUUCCGACAAGUACUCUGACGAACAGUACGAGUACCGACAUGUAGUGCUGCCCAGAGAACUUUCAAAGCAAGUGCCAAAAUCCCAUCUGAUGUCUGAAGAGGAGUGGAGACGACUUGGUGUUCAGCAGAGUCUUGGCUGGGUUCACUAUAUGAUCCAUGAGCCAGAACCGCAUAUUCUCCUCUUCAGAAGACCUCUUGCGAAAAAUAAGCAGAAAUGAACCACUAUCCAUAAAUCAUCUCCUGGAAUUAUGUAUAUGAGUGUAUAUAUGUUGGUAGGAUUCAGUGAAUAAUUUAAAAUGUACAAAACAUACCUGUGGAUGAACUGUAUUAAUCACAAUAACAAAAGCUCAGUUGAGUGAAAUGCCAAGUAGGCUGCUAUGGUGAUCAAAGGGUGAAGUAUUCAACUACUAAAUCUAAGUGCCUGUCUGACCUUUUCAUAAGUUGUCUGACUAAAUU